UAUCUGCAGUGUAAACAGGAGCCUGAAGAAGCAGAUGUUUCAUUUCAGUUAUCGGCAUCAACAAGUUCUAAAGGAAAGAGAAAGUUGGAUCUUCAGGGUGAUUCCAGUGAAGGACAAUCACCCAGAAAACGACGUCACAAUGAAGCACCACCAGACAGAGAAGAAAUCAUACUGUCUGAUGUCAAAGGUAUAAUGAGAUCUGUCCUUAAGAAACUUCCUUACCAAGGCAACACAAAGCUGAAUGAGUUCCUGAGGAAGAAAAUCGACGGUUUGGAGACAGACAAGAGGGAAGUGAUCGGUGUUUUUGGUAGAACUGGGGCUGGAAAGAGCUCUUUGAUCAAUGCCAUCAUUGGAGAGAAGAAGCUGUUGCCUACUGGAGACGAUGGUGCCUGUACCUCUGUCAUGAUUAAAGUGGAGUCAAACCCUAACAACCCAAAAUAUGAAGCAGACAUUGAGUUCAUUACACCAGAGGAGUGGGAAGAUGAGGUUUGGUCAGUGAAGCAGUUUCAUGGAGAUAAUACAGAUCAGGAACAGAAAAAGGAUGACGAUGAAAAGCUGUCUGCACUGUAUGGAAAAGAGUGGAAAGACAAAUUCCCUGAAAACCCUGUAGACCCCAAAUACUUCGGAGAAAUUCCAGAAUUUCUCCAAUCCAAGAAGAAGACUCUGACGUUUAAAUCAGCUGAAGAUCUUUCUGCAAAAUUAAUCAGAUACACAAGAACUUCCUCAGAACAUGAACAAAGUAUUGAAAUAAAGAGGUGUUAUUGGCCACUGGUGAAGUGUGUGACCAUCAAGGUGCCACAUAAUGAUCUUCUCCAACACGUCACACUGGUGGACCUUCCUGGAAGUGGAGACCGGAACAAGAGCAGAGAUGAAAUGUGGAAAGGGAUUGUUAGAGAUUGUUCUACUGUGUGGAUUGUGGCUGAAAUUAAACGAGCAACAUCAGAUAAAGAACCCUGGGAGAUCCUGGAGAACACCUGCAGCCUCAUGGGAAAUGGACAGUGUCAGCGCAUUCACUUCAUCUGCACCAUGUCAGAUUUUAUUGGAGAUUCAGAUGAUGAUUCAAAAGAUGAUGUUCGUGAUCACAUCGUAGAAAGAAAUGAAGAAGUCAAGGAAGAAGUGAAAGAAGAAUUUGACAGUCUAAACCAGGUUAAGAAACAUGUCAGUGAUUUCCAAGUGUUCACAGUGAGCUCCAAAGAGUUCCUGAAAAAGAAACAUCUGGAUCCAGAGGACACCGAAAUACCCAAACUUCAGGAAUUUUUGAAACUUCUCAGUGACAAUCAACGUGAUACAUUAAACUAUGUGUCUGGAGCUUAUGGGAUCCUCUCAUUGAUGGAAGGGGCCAAGUCUAAAAAAGGGGCUGAAAAGAAAGCAGAUGUUUGUGAAGAACUUGAAAAGAAUCUAAAGCAUCAACUUGGUCGAGUCCAGAAAGCAGUGGAAGAUGCUCACAAGGCUUUUAAAACACGUCUUACUGAGGGGGUGGAAAGAUCUAAAAGUUCAUGUGAAAAAACCAUGAACUCCUUCUUAUAUCCUCCAAAGACGGGCAGUGUUUUUCACAGGACAUUGAACUCUGUAGUUCAGAAAGAUGGCGUCCACAAAACGAAAAAUGAACAACAAAUCAACCUGAACGCUACAUUAGCUUCAUGGCUGACAGACAGCAUCGAUGAGGAGUUCAGGAAGACCUUCCCAAAUGAAGAUAAUAGUGGAUCAUUCAACGGCGCCAUCAGGUCAUUUUCCCUGGUCACAAAGAGGCUAAUGAAGGAGAACCAAAUCCUGGAACUGCAGCUGAUGUUUCUCAAGACGGAGGAAGACAUAAUCAAGACAAAACUGAACAAAAUUAUCCGGGACCAUAAGAAAAAAAUCUACAGCAGCCUGACAGACACAAUCAAGGAAAACAUGCUGGACUGCUACAAAAAAGCAGCAGCAUUUAGUGGAAAGGACACACCGGCAAACAUGAGGAUGACUAUUGAACGACAUCUACGAGACUCAAAAGACACGAUGUUUGAGGAGGCUAAAGCUGCCAUGUUGAAGAAGAUGAAGGAUUUAAAGACUAGAAUCCUGGAGACACUGCAGACCUUGGAGAAAUCCAUUGAGAUUUCAAUGAAGACAGAUGACAGCUUCACUCCAGAUGUUGCAGCAGAACUUGAGGAGGUGAAGAAAUACUACAAGGAACUGAAACGCAGCUCAAAAGAAUUUCCACCUCCAGAUUUUCUUCCAUCAGUGGACAGAAACUCCAGAGGUCUGCUCUCCUACUGAACAUCUGAGGAUCAUCGAGUCAACACUGGACUUGGUCUGAGAUGUUUUUAUUCAGUUGGUUUCUACGUACUCUUUGAUGCUUUGGUUUGUUCUUUGACUGUUUAUUAGAGAUGUUUUGACGUUUUUCUUUUUAUACCUUUAAUUAAUCAUAGUAAUGAAAUGAAAGAGCCUGGUUGGAUCUGAACCAGUGAUGUUCUGGUUUUCAUCAUGCAGAUAUAAACCAUAAAACAUUUAGAUUUUAAGGAUUGAACUGUUUUUCUUUGCUUUCCAGUUGCAUGUUUUAGUUUUCUGAGUUUCUUGUGGGUUCAUUGGGAUG